GUGGGGUGGGGAAUGAAAAAGAUAUAGGAGGAAGAGCGCGCGAGCUGUGACAUCCGGAUAGACUUUGUUACGGCACCGGAUGGGUGAAUAAGCUGCUGAUUCCCGCACCGUCCCUUGCAGGCCACCUGGUGGGAUGGAGCCCCCAAGACUUAGUUAACGAUAAUUAUUUGUGCUUAGUGCUGAGCCCCGGUACAAGUAAUGUGAUGUGUCCCUGAGCAUGUGUAGAGUGCUUUUUAAAAAAUGGGAGCCUAAAGCAAUGAGCAUAAUCCAGCCAAAGUUAAACACUUUAGAAGUCUCGUAGAAUGAACAUAGAACCUGAUCCAACACCUUUCCCCCUCCUAAAGGGAUAUAAGACCCUGUGAUCAACGGAGAGCUUUACUCACCGUUCUGUGGUCUCUGUCUCGCCUGCAACCAUGGAGGAGGCCAGCACUGCGGAGGAAGGGGAAGUGACCUCAGGAAUGCAGUCCUUGGCAGUAGAAGAUGGGCCUGCCUCAGAGCUAGCUCCUGGUGCUGAGGAAGAAGAUGAGGCACCAGAGGAGAGAGAGGGGGAGCAGUCUAGGAAGGGAGACGAAUCUGCUGAGGAAGAUUGGUGUGUGCCCUGCAGUGACGAGGAACUGGACUCCCCAGACAGCUGGAUGCCUCCCCCCAAGGAGAUCCGACGUCUCUAUGAGCUCAUUGCUGCCCAGGGGACCCUGGAGAUCCAGGCGGAUAUCCUACCAAGGCGCAACCCUACGCCAGAGCCUGACAGUGAAGAUGAAGAUAAAUUUGAAGGGGAGCCUGAGAACCAGGAAGAGGAGGAGGAAGAGAAGCCCCAUAUUGCAACGGAGUUUGACUUUGAUGAUGAGCCUUCCUCCCCGAAGAGCUCCUUGAUUGAUCGUCGAAGAACCCCAGGGACCUUGGCUAAGAGCCAGAAGAGAGAGGCCCGCCUGGACAAAGUGCUGUCAGACAUGAAGCGCCACAAAGUCUUAGAAGAACAGAUUAUGAAGACCGGCCGAGACCUCUUUGACCUUGACUCGGAUGACGUGCCCACUCCAAAACGGCCACCGGGUCUCUUCUUGCGCCAGCGCAAAUACUGACUGCAGAGCAUAAUAUAGGCCUUUUGAAUUCUUUCAGGCCAAAUGGAACCACGGGCUGCUAGGUCCCAGUGUAAGGGGAAGGAAAUUACUGGACUGACUCAUUGGGUCAGGCAAUGUACUUUGGCUCACAUUUUGCACUGGCUGCAGGAAGCACUUGCGUUGGGUUAUUUGAGUGUAGUAAAACUCUGUGAGAUUGUUUUUUA